AUGCCUCAACCCUACACCAGAUCCCAGCUUUCUGAGAAGCUUCGUCGUCUUCGUAAGAAAUUUCGCAUUAUCUCUACCCGAAUUUCACGUGGGCUUGAUGCUUCGCUUCUUGCUCCGCACGAUCGUGCGCUCUUCAAUCUUUCCAAUCAAUUAUGGCAUCCUUCAUAUGCCUCUUCAUCUCCCUUUCAGUCUAACAAGCGGAAGCCCUCUAAGGUUAGUGUUAGGGUGAGUUUCUCUCCUACCCCUUCUCCUUGUCUUCCUCCCCCUCCUCCUCCACCACCAGUUCAACCUAGCAUCAACGAUGCUGAUAUUACCGAGGAAGAUACUGAAUUGAAUUUAGAGAACAAUCUCGGCAGUAGACAUGAAGAGGAGCCGUAUUUGCCAGUCGGUGAAGAUGGUGGUGGGCUUGGACGGUUCGCGACGAAAACCAUUAUGGAUGUCUUUGAUAGAUCCCUCAAGGAGGUGAGAAUGACUUCGUCUACUCCAGCGGAAUCGUCGAAACAGGGGAGGGCAAUAGAUUUUGAGAAGAGGUGGCGAGAGCAAAGAGCGCGGAACUAGAUGUAAUGGCUCGCCGCUUGAGGCUGGUUCUUGAGAAUGCUAUCAAUCAACGAUGAGAGCACUCGAUCGAUGUAAAAAUCGAAUGUAUAAACAUUAUUUU